GUUCAGUUAGAAGGAGGAAGUGCCUUCCUUAUCACCCUAAAACCAGCACGCAUUACGCACAACCCACACACAGGCUGCAGGACGCGGAGGAUCGCUUCAGUUACAACGAGAUCAGUCUUGAGAGUUUUGUUCUGUGACACAAGUUUUGAGAAAUGGCAGCUAAGGAGCUUGCCAGGGUGAGGAGUGACUUCGUGGGUAGUGUGUCCAAAGCAGUGAUCAAAUCGCUUCUGGACGACAUGUUAGAUGAUGAAAUCUUGAAUGACGGGGAAAAAGAAUCAGUACUCGAGGAGAACUCCGCCAGAGCGGACCAGGCACGAGACCUCAUUGACACGGUGAGGAAGAAAGGAGAUGACGCCAGCAGGAAGUUGAUCGAUCGCAUUCAAAACAGAGAUAACACGCUUUUCUCCAAGCUGGGUCUGUCCUGUGAGGAGCGGGGCUCCUGUGAUCAACCUGCUCCGCCGGCUGCAGAGCCCCAGAAGGAGGAGGAGUGGUCGACCUCGCUCAUCGCAGUCAAAGAGUCAUUCUGGAGUGAGAAACAGAACAAAAAAGAUAUCUACCCCGCGGCCAAAAACUCCAUUAAGAGUCGCGUGGCCCUGCUAAUCACAAAUAUCAAGUUUACUGAUAAGCGUCGCGACAGAAAAGGUGCUGAGAGGGACGAAGAGAACAUGGAGAAACUGCUCACAGGUCUGGGUUACGAGGUGGUGAAACACACAAACCUCACAGCAAAGGCCAUCGAUGCUGCUAUCAAAAAGUUCUCUGAACAUCCAAAGCUCAAAGAGACGGACAGUGUGGUGGUGGUUAUCAUGUCUCACGGGAAACUGGGAGCUGUCCUUGGUGUCGACUGGAAAGAAGAGAUAUCUGGCGAUGAGAAACCAGAUGAGUUCCCCAUCAACAACAUUUACAAACACUUGGGCCCAGGGGAAUGUAAAGCGCUGCUGGACAAACCCAAGAUCAUCAUCAUCCAGGCCUGCAGAGGAGGGGAGUGCGGAUCAGUUCUUGUUAGUGAUGAUGCAAGCGCAGCUGAGUGCUGUGAUGAUGUGAGACAGCCCGAUCCACUCCCACCUGCUGAUGAAGAAAACCUAGACGAGGAUACCGUGAAAUUUGUGCACAGCGAAAAAGACUUCAUUUCUCUUCUCUCCAGUACCCCCGAUGCUGUCUCAUAUAGACACUCGGUCAAAGGGUCUCUGCUUAUCCAGUUUGUGGUUGACGUAUUCAACACCUACGCACAUCAGGAUCACGUUCACGAACUUUUCAGAAAAACCAUGCAGCGCUUUGACGGCCAUGCUAUGCAGCCCAAAAGACAGAUGCCAACCAUAGACAGGUGCACGAUACCAAAACACUUCUACUUCUUUCCAGGCCUCUGAGACAGGAUUCACUGUUGUUUAACACCGUCCUGUAACCGUACUUAAAUGAUGCAAGUAAUGAUUUCUGCUUUCUGCCUGAAUUGAUUUAAAAGUUAUGGAUGGAUCACUGAAUAGGCCGACGGGCACAAGCCCAGGGGCCCCAGGGGUCAGGGUCUUGGGUCAGGGUGUUUUGAUCCUUUGUAUAAGUUUAUGUCUGUGUCUUAUGACUAUUUUUUUUUUAUCACCGCAUUUGUAUCUUUUAUAUAAAACUGACAGCAUGUAAGGCUCGGCACCCUUUACAGCCACGGCAACGCUUGCAAUGUUUAUUAUCUUUUUAAAAGCUUUUAAAAGCCACAAAACACCAGCAAACACUGCCGUUAACUCAGCCAAGUCAUUUUCCAAAGAUCUAUAGAAUUUUUUUUUCUCUCUAUUUUGUGAGAAAUAACAUAGUCUUCCUAUUAGUGGUAAGGACAGGAGGAGGAAGGGAGAAUGUCACAUUGUUUGAGGCAUCACAAGAGCCACAGGUGGGGAAAAAUCCCCCACGUGGGAAGAUAUACAAGUUUAGAUAGGAUGAUAUUUGCUGUCCCAUCUGAGAAGAAGAAUCACUGUCCUGGGAAGACAGGAUACACCCAAACAUCAAUGAGUCAUUAUCAUGUAAAGAAAAUGUUUUAUGACUGUUGUAAAUGAAGGUAACCUCCUCUCUGAUUCUGUACUUAAGAAUUUACAGUUUGGCAGAUUAUGCUUUUGCCUUCCCUCCAUGCUGCGUGUUUUCUUUAAAAGAGAUCUGAUUCAUAGGCUGAAGUCUGAAAUUCUUCGGAGACUUAGCAACUCUCUACCACACAAAGGAGAAUUUCCACACAAUUUAUACACAGUUUUUCUCAUUUCUUACCAUAUAAAAAAGUUGCGGUGGGCCUUUAAUUCAUUCCAGUGCUCAGUAGAGAAGCACAUUAAUUAAAGGGUAACUCCACCAAUUUUACACAUUAAUGUCUGUUAACAGUUCUUGGGGAGUGCUACUGCAUAUGUGAGGAAGUAUAAAUAAAGUCCCUCCUCUCCAGAAGAAGCUGCAUGUAAGCUGAUGAAUUUCCAGUGAUCUCACUAGUGGCUAAGAUGUAUUGUGGGUAAUGUCGGCACAGGGUUCUCAGAAGGAAAGAGGAAUGUGUGGAAUGAAAAAAAGGUAAUAACUCUGGCUUCGUUGGGACAGUUUUUCAAAACCAGGUGCCUGAAUUACCAACAAUGCAACCUAGCCGCUUAGAGACAUCACUGGAGGCAAUUUAUCAGAUUACACGCAGCUUCCACUGGAGCCACAAAAGACUUAAUACCACUGUUUUCACAUAUGUAUCAGUACUCCCCAAGACAUGUAAACACACUUUAAUAUGUGAAAUGGUGGAGUUACCCUUUAAGGUGUGUUAGCUCCAGUAAGCAUAAUUCAGACUAAUCUAAGAUGUGCUUUUUUAACACAGUCAUGUAUUUCAGUGAUAUUUUUAAUGUAACAUAUUGAUAAUAAUGGGCAUUUACUCUUGUUUGUAUUAAUUUGGUGAAAUGUUUGAACCACAAAUAAAACCUUCAACAUUUUUCAACA